ACUUGGCUGCCUGAGCCUAUGUUUCAGCUUCUUCGAAAUAUAGGCGGUUUUGUUGUUAUCUUUUGGCCAUGCACGUCUGUGCUUCUAGUUAUGAGCGACGCACUGCUUGAAACUAGUUCAAAAUCAGCUCCCAGAGGUUCUAACUCCACGAAAAUGCCGAAUAUUAAGUUAUUUUGUGGAUCAUCCCAUCCAGAUCUGGCUCGGAAGAUCGCCGAGCGCCUGGGCAUUGAUCUAUCCAAAGCAUCGCUCAAGAAAUUCAGCAACCAGGAGACAUCUGUGGAAAUUGGUGAGUCCGUUCGCGGCGAAGAUGUGUACAUUAUCCAGACCGGAUCAGGCGAGAUCAAUGAUCACCUUAUGGAGCUCUUGAUUAUGAUCAAUGCCUGCAAGAUAGCAUCAGCAUAUCGGGUAACAGCAGUCAUUCCUUCCUUCCCGUACGCCAGGCAGGACAAGAAGGACAAAUCACGCGCUCCAAUUUCUGCCAAAUUAGUCGCCAAUAUGCUGUCCGUAGCUGGUGCGGAUCACAUAAUUACAAUGGAUCUUCAUGCCUCGCAAAUUCAGGGAUUUUUUGAUAUACCCGUGGAUAAUUUAUUUGCUGAACCAGCAAUAAUUAAAUGGAUCCAGGAUAACAUCGCAGAUUGGCGUGCCAGUAUUAUUGUUUCUCCUGAUGCCGGAGGCGCAAAAAGGGUGACGGCUAUCGCUGAUCGAUUAAAUGUCGAUUUCGCCCUGAUUCACAAGGAACGCAAGCGGGCUAACGAAGUGUCUUCUAUGGUUCUUGUGGGUGAUGUGAAGGACAGAGUGGCCAUUUUGGUGGACGACAUGGCCGAUACUUGCGGUACGGUAUGUUUGGCGGCAGAGAAGUUAGUGGAAGCUAACGCUAAGAAGGUUUAUGCCAUUGCCACACACGGAAUAUUCUCGGGCCCGGCCCUGGAACGGGUGAAGCGGUCUAGUUUCGAAGCGGUGGUCGUGACGAACACUAUUCCCCAAAUUCAGCGAAUGCGUGAAUGCAGCAAAAUUCAGGUAAUCGAUGUGUCCUCAAUGUUCGCCGAAUCGAUCCGUCGCACGCACAACGGGGAAUCAGUAUCGUAUCUGUUCACCCAUGUUCCCAUGUGAUUGACCUUAGACCUCGCUGCAGUUCAGUACUUUCAAUCCACGUGAUGCGUUACCUUCAAUUCAGGCCGCCUAUACGUAUCCCGCAUCUUGUGAAUGCCCGAAUACUGCAUUGUUUGUUUGAUUUUUCCAUUUCUGCGUAUGUUGAUUUUAUUGUGACAAUCCGAAUUCCGUUUUAGUUGGGUUUGGUUGUACCCGGAAUUUUGAAUAACCAGACUGAGCGAUUCUGAAGUUCUGUUCAAACGUUUUAUUUGUUAUUGUUGAAACACGAUUUUUUGUUAUUCGAACUGUUUCUCUUGCUGGAUGUUGCUUUUCGACGGGGAUAAGUUUCGCUAGAAGCCCGAAAUAAAGAAAAACGCACCUUUA